AUGACAUACAAUCACGGACCCGCUUCUUCGCACUCUCUUCCGGGCCCAGUAACCGCGUCUUCCUCGAGUCUGCCCAGCACGUCGCCCCCAAUUCCCCUUCAGACCCUAUCUCCGUCGUCCACUUUCACGACAACGUCGCAGGAUAAACGCAAGGCCGCGUGGAAAUACGAAGGAUACAAAGCCUUCAGUUCGUGGAUGGCUUCAGAGGACGACUUCUUUCUCUUCCGGCGGUUCGGAGACCUUAAUUCCCGAACGAUACUAUGGAUGCAAGAUCGCAUCACACGCGUAGAGAAUGACCUCAGAAGGCUUGACGAGAUGGUUCAUAAGUCGAAACUGGCCGACAAUCUACGAAACGAUAGCUUCAGAUGGGACGAGAAAUGGAUGACGCAGCGUCACGCGCACAUGGUAGAAUUAAGUCAGCUGUUACACCACUAUAAUCAAUUUAUCGAUGGCUACGCCAAAGUACGCGCUCGGCCCCGCGCUGACAAGCGUCUCGUCGAGAACGUGGAAAAUUGGCUCGAUCGGGGCGCGAUCGAUCCGGAAGAGUCGUCUUUCCUUAGACACACCGAUGACCUGACUUCAAUCCACCAUCGUACGCUUCCUCCUCUAGGGCGCUGGUUAGAGUCAUUCGCGCAGCUUCACCGCAGCAGCUUUUUCCGCGCAAAGCAUGGCAACGACGCCGUCCAGAAAUCAUCUGGAACGACCAUCUCAUCGAAUUCGCGAUUCGACCUCGUCACCAAUACUAGCAUCAUAUUCGGUGGGCUCGUCAUGUUGCUAGCUCCACUCUGGUGGCUAGAGUACGUGAACGAUAGUGCAAAGAAGUUGGCAGUCAUGACCGGAUUCAUAUGCGUCUUCGUGGCGCUCGGGUCGGUGGCUACGGUGAACCGGCCUGCCGAAGUGGUUGCUGCAGCUGCAGCGUACGCUGCCGUGUUGAUGGUGUUCAUGCAGGUACAGAAAUAG